GGGAGGAGCACUAAGAGAAGCCAGGCCGGGAUGCGCAGGAGCCUGGGACGCAGGCUGUGUGUGAGGGCACUCAGCCAGGCUUGCCGCGUGUUUCUACCGCGUGUUUCCUCCUGUGUUUCUACCACACAGACUCGUACGGUGUCGACGUGGCUUGCUAAGUUCAGAUGACGAUGAUGGAUCAAUAAUAAGUGAUUUUGAGCCUGGCGUGGUGGCGCACGCCUGUAAUCCCAGCACUCAGGAGGCUGAGUUCAGUACAGUUCAAGGAGAUAGUUUCAGAGGAAAGGAAGAGAGUAGAAAAGAAGUCCCGGAAGCAUCAAGUUUUCCUGACUAAAACAGCUCACAGUCUGAAUAAAUCCAGACUGCCAGUGAGAACCAAAGAAACUAAAAAUGGCCAAACUGCAGAAAUGUCUAGAAAGAUAAUUCCAGUGUCCCACCUCCCGGUUUACAACACCCACUCAAAGCUGUGCUACCGGCGCACAGAAGAGAAGAAAGUGAUGACCACACUGACUCUAAGCACUGAGAAAUCCACCACCAACCAGGCCCAGGUGGAUCAUAUGCCCACAACCCAGGCUAACUGAUGGAAAGGAUGAGAAAUGUAACAGAAUUCAUCCUCCUGGGCCUCACUCAAAAUCCACAACUGCAGAAGCUCCUAUUCAGUGUGUGUUUCCUGACCUAUUUGAUCACACUGGCAGCUCCCAAAAUGGUCUUGGACCUGAUCUCGGAAAACAGCACCAUAUCCUUCAACGGCUGCAUGACUCAGCUCUUCGCUGAACACUUUUUUGCCGCAGCCGAGAUCAUCCUGCUCGUCGCCAUGGCCUAUGACCGCUACGUGGCCAUCUGCAAACCCUUGCACUAUGUGACCAUCAUGAGUCGACCUGUGUGUGCUUCCCUGGUGGGGGCCGCUGUGCUCUUGGGAUUUGUUCAUGGAGGGAUACAGAUUUUGCUUAUGUCUCAGUUACCUUUCUGUGGCGCCAAUGUCAUUGACCACUUCAUGUGUGAUUUAAUCCCACUCCUGGAGCUGGCUUGCACUGACACACUCACUCUGGGGCCCCUGAUCGCUGCCAACAGUGGGUCGCUGUGCUUGCUCACUUUUUCUAUGCUGGUUGCUUCCUACGUCAUCAUCCUGCGCUCCCUGAGGACAUGCAGUUCUGAAGGGCGCCACAAAGCCCUGUCCACCUGCGCCUCUCAUGUCGCGGUUGUUGUCCUAUUUUUUGUGCCUUGUUCGUAUCUCUAUCUGAGACCCGUGACCUCCUUCCCCACCGACAAAGCCGUGACUGUGUUUUGUACCCUAAUAACACCCAUGCUGAACCCUUUAAUCUACACCCUCAGAAACGAGGAAGUAAAAAAGGUUAUGAAGAAGCUCUGGGGUCAAAUAAUAAAAAGGGAUAUCAGAUGAAUCUUGUGAUUCGUGUAUUUAGACAAGACUGCUUAGUAACAUUUUAUGGAGAUUUGUUGAACUUAGUGAAUGAUUAAA